AUGGACAACGCGACUUCUUUGGCGUCGCAGUCACUGACUGACGCAGUGAGGGCCCUCCUCGACUCUGCCCCUCGACAAUGGCUCCCCUACGCUCUGGGCUUACUGGUAGGCUAUCCUCUUCUCACGGGUAGCUUGCGCUACCAGCGAGUGCGAAAUAUGUACAAAAAGUACCCCUAUGCCACUCGGGAAGACAUGGCCAAUAUGACCGACGACCACGCAUUCGAGAUCCAGAAAGCUGUCGCACAGCUCGAGUUCCCGUUUAUGUUUAUCAAAUCGCUGCAAUUUGCCUUGUUCAGGACCUACGGCAUCCCAACAAUCUCCCACGUCCUCACCAAGACCAGCCAAUUCUCCAGCCCAGAAACAUCUCUCAAGCGAUACACAGACACAAGCGCCCUCGUCCAAGAAAUGGUCGGCAACAACCCAACCUCCGCACGAGCCUACACCUCCUUCGCCCGCACCCGCUUCCUGCACGCCGGCUACCGAGCCUCGGGCAAAAUCCUCGACGACGACAUGCUCUACACACUCGCCCUCUUCGCCCUCGAACCAAUCCGCUUCAUCAACCGGUACGAGUGGCGCCAGCUCAGCGAUCUAGAGCGCUGCGCUAUCGGCACGUUCUGGAAGAGUGCCGGUGAUGCGUUGGGUAUUGGGUACGAGAAGUUGCCGUCUGGUGCGACGGGAUUCAAGGAUGGAAUUCAGUGGUUGGAGGAAAUUACUGCGUGGAGUGAGGAAUAUGAGGAGAAGUGUAUGGUGCCUGAUGCGAAGAAUCGGGAGACGGCUGAUCAGACUACGGCCGUGUUGCUGUAUAUGUUGCCCGAGGUGUUGCAUCCGGUUGGAUUGCAGUUUGUUUCGUUUAUGAUGGAUGAGCGGUUGCGGAAGGCGAUGCUUUACGACGCACCUUCUUCCAUCGCGGUCGUUGUCUUCUCAAGCCUGCUCACCAUCCGCAAGCUGUUCUUGCGGUAUCUAUCUCUGCCUCGGCCGUACUUCUUGCGCUCUAUUUCUCACACUGAUAAACCCGAUGAGAAUAACCGGUUCUUCCUCACCCAGUGGGAAGCGGCGCCUUAUUAUGUCAAGCCGACAUUCUGGAAUCGCUGGGGUCCCACUGCGUUGCUAACCCGGAUUCUUGGUCGACCUGUGCCUGGUGACGAGGGUGAUAAGUAUUAUCCUCAAGGGUAUAGUAUUAAAGACGUUGGCCCGAAGUACUUCGAGGGUAAGGGGCGGAAAGCGAUUGAUGAGUCCAUGGAGGAGUUCAAGGGGUAUCGGACUGGAAAGUGCCCAUUCCAUUGA